AUGCAUUCUGAACAUGUCCAUAAGUCUGAAGAAUUUUUUAAAAGAAAAUUAGAAGAGUUUGAUAACCAAACGAAAUCGUUAAAAAAACUUGUUUCUGUCUCUUCAAAUGCUUUACUAGCAUCGUACAAAGUUUCUUACAGGAUUGCAAAAUGCAAGAAACCGCACAAUAUCGGAGAAACUCUAGUUUUGCCAGCAGCUAUCGAUAUGGUUGAAGCAAUGUUUGGCGAAUCCUAUGCAAAACAAUUACAGCAAAUACCGCUUGCUGAUAACACAGUCGCUAGAAGAAUUGAUGACAUAUCUGAAGAUCUUUGUGAUCAGUUGGUUUCUCGACUACAAAAUAACAUAGAAUGGAUCAAUUGUGUUGGACUUUGUACAGACGGAGCACAGUCAAUGUCAGGAAAUAAAUCUGGUCUUCAAGCUCUUGUAAAAAACAGAGCACCAGAAAUUAUCUGGACGCACUGCAUGCUGCACAGAUCAGCACUUGUCUCAAAGAAUAUGAGUCCAGAACUGAACGAUAUUUUUGCGCAAAUUACAAAAGUUAUAAACUACAUAAAACACAGUCCUUUAAGAGCUAAGCUUUUUGCAAAGCUGUGUGAAGAUAUGGAUUCAAAAUAUACAUCGCUUUUAUACUAUUAUCUUGCAGCUAACUUACAAUUGGAAAUUAUUGAUUUGAAAUAUGACUCAGAUAUGAAAAAUAAAUUUACCAUGGUGGGCUUAGACACCUUUUAUAAAUAUCUCUUGCCGAAGUAUCCCAACUUAACAGCCUUAGCUGCGAAAAUCUUGUCAAUGUUUGCAAAUAUGGAUUCACCGUAUUUUAAAAGAAUGAAUAAAAAGAUGGGAGUGCACAGAUCGAAGUAUGAUUUUGAAGAAGGGAAUGACGUAUAA